UACAGACAAUUAGGUUUCAGUUGUGAACGUGGAGGUAUUCAUGCUGAUGGAUUAACACAAAAUGCUCUUAUUGUUCUCACAGAUGGUGUAUAUAUUGAGCUUAUUGAAUUUUUGGAAAAGCCAUUAAAAGAACAUUCAAACGGAAUUGAAACUUUACAGGAAUGGAAACAGAGGCGAAGUAAGCAUUGGUGGUGGGAUAGAAAGGUUGGCUGGAUAGAUUGGUGUUUACGUGGAGGAAAACAAGAUGCCAGAGUGGAAACAAUCAAUAAGGUAAGCGGUCAAAUUGAAGAAGAGAGGGCAACAGCAUUGAAGGAAGAAGAGAAAGAAAAUGCAGAAAAGCAAACAAUUCCUCAAGACGGAGUAAAACCAUCACCUUUGGUACGCUACAACAACUCUCAGCAAGGCGGAAGGCGGGCUCUUAGUGGGAAAGAGAUUCGAUGGAACGUCACUUUCCCCACACUACUAAAAGACAUUCAAAGAGGCACGUUUCCAUUCUGGUGUGAGGAUAUAACGCCUCGUUGGUGGAGAGUGCCAACUCCUUCUCCCCCUCAUCCAAACCUGACCCGAGGACUUUCAGCUUUAACGCUUCUCUAUUAUCCAGAAAAUUUCCCAUCAAGGCUGGCAUCUCUUCAGCUAAUCUUAUCUUCCAAACAGAUUGCUCAGCAAGGUUUUUCACAAAUCGCCAGCACAAUCGUAGAUACUCGACCACCUCCAAAGACUGAAGGCAGGACAGCCCUGCCUGAUUCAUUCGUCGAAUUAUACCUUGCUACGCCUGAAGGUCCUCUAUUGCCAAUUCGGAUCAAAGCAGCAGAUGAUCCAGCAGAAGUCGAAUGGCUAGAAGAAUACGGAGAAGGCUUAUUCGAAGUGGAAAUCUCUGUUGCUGCCGAAAAGUUACCCUCUACUGCUCCACCAGAUGGCAUAGAACGGGAAACUGCAAAAUUAGGUUUCGGCAGACUACGAUUACACCCAAUG